UAGUGUACAUUUAUUUUGCUACUGUGAGUGUGUUGUUUUGAGUGAGUUUUAACGUCAAUAACUAAAGUCAAGGCUGUAUGGUCCUCAGAUCUUUGCCUGCCUUAUAUAAGGCGAAUUUAAACAACAACAUCAACUGCUUAAUUUGAACGCGUCUGUAAGCACAACACACCUGCGUCAAACGGAACGUCAAACGCGAUCGUGCAAACAAAACGUCAACAUUUAUACGAAGAAAUUAAUAUAAAAUAAAUAUUUUAUGUGUUCAAAUGUGUUUAUAAGUCUAAUACAUACAGAUGAGUGAAUUUAAAACGCCUCGUCUUCAUGAGGAGGACUUACUGUCACAAUCGUCUGAUGAGAAGAUGGAUACGGGCUCCGAAUCAUUCAGAUCCCAGGACACCCCAAAUUCUAUUCUCUCUUCAGAUUUCGAGGAUAAGAGCGAGUCUAACGUCCUUCGCCUGCAGAACCCUGGCAGCGACGUCCUCAGGUUGUCAGAGCCCGAGAAAAACGACAACCUGCCGAAGAUUACCCAGAAAGACUUAUCAGACAGCUUUGUGAAGAAAAUGUCCAACUUACACCUGGAUUCUCCUCUCGAAAAUAGGCCUAAACACCUUGGAAUAAGCCCGCCGAAGUUCAGCUCCUCGUUAGUUUUGACCACGAAUCACCCUUUAAUGGUGUCCAGUCCAGACGAUUACCCGGAUGUAAUACCCAAAAAGGCACCAAAAGGACUUGAAAAUGAGGAAAAGGAUUUGAGUCUGUCAAGCAUUGAAGACGAAAGGGCUGCUGACACUAAUGGCUAUGAGUUCUACAGCCCCCAUAUGAAUACUUCGAAGAACAAUUUGUACUUCAGUGAAAAUUUCACCACGGCGGAAAGCAAUAUGCUGAGUGAUUCCAAGAUAGAUUUCACUCCUCCGGAUGUUGCCAGGAUAGACCAGCAGAGGAGGAAGAUUAUACCAAGAUUCGUGGAAACACCAAGAAAGCUGGAUAAUGCGUCGCGUAAGGAACUCACGCCGCAUAGGGUUCUAGGCCGUGUGGUGGACGGCCAUAGGGACGAUAGUGCCAUAUCCAAGUAUAUCGAGGAGAGAAACAAGAAGCUCUCAAACCACAGCACGCCGAAGCCUUCACAGGAGGACGCUGAUGUUGCCGCCAGCAGGGUAGCCGAAUGGUGUGAAUCAACACAUAUACGUACGGCGCCCAACUUCGAUCUACCUAUAGAACUAUCUACAAAUAUAGCCAUCACUAAUGAUUUGGGUUCCCCAGACGUGAUAUCCUCUUCGACACAGGAAGACAAGUCUGCUUAUCAGGCGUUGUUGGAUCCUUACACGGGCAGCGUGGCGCUUCGCCCUUCGGCACAGCGGAACCCCAGCGAUCGACGUCGGAAGAUACAACUUCCCCCAGAGGAAGACCGGUGCAGUCUGGACAGCGUGAGCGUGUCUAUGGACUCUGAGGACGAGCCCCCUGAGCCCCCUGAGAUCCCCGAGGGGCCUGAGGACCGGCCGGCCAGCGACGACGACACUAAGAGGUCAAGGUCAUCGAACACGUGUAGCGAGUGCAGCGACCCGAUACCGGAGUACUCGGCGGCCGAGGAGUACCACAAUGAGCGCUCCUACAUCACCGUCAAGACUGGCCACACGCACACCACCUGCGACAUGAAGGUGAUCGAGCCGUACAAGCGGGUGUUGUCCCACGGCGGGUACGACGCGCAGGGCUCCGCCAUCAUAGUGUUCAGCGCGUGCCACCUGCCGGACACGGCGCGGCCCGACUACCGAUAUGUCAUGGACAACCUGUUCCUUUACGUGGUUUGGAGCUUGGAGCGGCUUAUCGGCGAAGAUUAUGUCCUCAUCUACCUCCAUGGGAGCGCGGGGGCGCGAAGGUUGCCGACCUUCCGCUGGCUUCACGAGUGUUACAGACUUAUAGAUCGGAGAUUACGCAAAAGUUUAAAGCAUCUGUAUUUGGUGCAUCCGACGUUUUGGCUCAAGUCGUUUGUGGUGCUCACCAAGCCAUUCGUCAGCUCGAAAUUCUUUCGAAAGUUGAGCUACGUAAGCAGCUUGGAACAGCUGAGCAGCUUAGUACCAGUGGAACCCAACGCUAUCCCUGACUUGGUGCGUCAGUUCGACCAGAGACGAUAGGAGGUACUUUAGAUAAAAGGGACCACUUGUGCUAUAAGAACAUGUUCUUCUCGUAUAGUUUGUGAGGUCAAUGUACGACCCCAUCAAAUUCAA